AGUUAGUUCAAGAAAUCAAAUCUGUCAGGACGGGCGGAAAAAUGCCACUUCCCGACUAACAGGCGGAAUCCAGCCCAGAUUUUCAGUCCUUUCUUCUUAUUCUUUCUUCCCUUUCACUAAUUUAUCCCGAUGUUAGCACAUUCUGUCUUGUUACUAGCGGACGCCUGUAGGUUUGCUACAUGGGAUCAUUACUUACUGAUCACGGUGACUCUGAAGUCUGGAACUGAAGGCGGAAUGAGAAGUUGGGAAAACUUUUUUCUCUAAGCUCUCUCUUUUUUAAAAACUAUUAUUCUCGAUGCUUGUUAAGAGGAAAAAAACCCUUUGGUGCUUCUGUUGUGAAUGUGAAACAUUAUCUUCCAGCUGUACAGUGACACAUUUUUUUAAGGAGAAAAGGACUGAUCCGUUUGCCAAAAGGGGGGUGGGGAAGUGGAAUAAUGUUAUCGAGUGAUUAUUCUGGCUGAGAUGUGUUAUUUGGUUCCUUCCUUCUUGAUCAUUUGGUGUUUAAGUAAAAUGAGGCACAGGCUUGUUUGCCGAGUGGAGUGGGAAAGGCAUUUUGAUUUGCUGGCCUAAUUAAAAAAUGAUAAAGGAGUAAAGGAAAAGGUGGACCUGGACUGAAGGGUGUAAACCCCCUGGACCCAUUCCUGGGGCAGGAAAAAGAAGAGGAAGAUUAGAAGAUUUUUUUUUUUUUUUUUUUUUUUUUAAGAGAAAGCCCAGCGGAGCUAAACGAAUGUCCCCUCAUCUCCAAAGGAAAGUUCAUCGGAUUUUUAUUCUAGAGAGCUCAUCUUCAGGAUGUCAGUGAACAUUUCUACGGCAGGAAAGGGUGUGGAUCCAAAUACGGUUGAUACUUAUGACAGUGGCGAUGAUUGGGAAAUCGGGGUUGGAAAUUUAAUAAUUGAUUUGGACGCUGAUUUGGAGAAGGACAGACAGAAAUUUGAAAUGAAUAAUUCCACCAACACCACUAGCAGCAGCAACUCUAAGGAUUGUGGAGGUCUGGCCUCCAGUGGGGCCGGUGCUACCGCAGCCUUAGCGGAUGGCCUAAAAUUUGCUUCUGUUCAGCCCUCUGCUCCCCAGGGGAAUUCACACAAAGAGACCAGCAAAUCAAAAGUGAAAAGGAGUAAAACUUCUAAGGAUGCUAAUAAAUCUCUGCCUUCUGCUGCCUUGUAUGGGAUUCCCGAGAUCAGCGGCACUGGCAAGAGGCAGGAAGUCCAAGGGCGCCCUGGAGAGGCAACUGGCAUGAAUUCAGCGCUGGGUCAAAGUGUGAGCGGCGGCGGCGGCGGCGGCGGCAACCCGAACAGCAAUAGUACCAGCACCGGCACCUCCGCUGCCACCGCGGGAACGGCCUCCUGCGGGAAAAGCAAAGAGGAGAAGCCAGGUAAAAGCCAGAGCAGCCGAGGCGCCAAGCGGGAUAAGGAUGCGGGGAAAUCCAGGAAGGACAAGCACGACCUGCUUCAGGGCCACCAGAAUGGCAGUGGCAGCCAGGCCCCUUCCGGGGGCCUCUAUGGCUUUGGGGCCAAGAGCAAUGGAGGUGGCGCGAGCCCCUUCCACUGCGGGGGCACUGGGAGUGGCAGCGUCGCGGCUGCUGGGGAAGUUAGCAAAAGUGCCCCGGAUUCAGGGCUCAUGGGAAACUCUAUGUUGGUAAAGAAGGAAGAGGAGGAGGAGGAGAGCCACAGGCGAAUCAAGAAACUGAAAACUGAGAAGGUUGACCCCCUGUUUACAGUGCCAGCACCACCGCCGCCGAUUUCCAGCAGUCUCACGCCUCAGAUUCUGCCCUCCUACUUUUCCCCAUCUUCAUCCAAUAUUGCAGCACCGGUUGAACAGCUUUUGGUUCGGACUCGUUCCGUGGGUGUCAAUACGUGUGAAGUUGGAGUAGUGACAGAGCCAGAGUGUCUUGGGCCCUGUGAACCCGGGACCAGUGUGAAUUUGGAAGGGAUCGUGUGGCAUGAAACAGAAGAAGGUGUCCUAGUGGUCAAUGUCACGUGGAGGAACAAAACUUAUGUAGGGACCUUAUUGGACUGCACCAAGCACGACUGGGCCCCUCCCAGGUUCUGUGAGUCACCGACCAGCGACCUGGAGAUGAGAGGGGGCCGGGGCCGGGGGAAAAGAGCGAGGUCUACCGCAGCUGCCCCGGGCUCGGAGGCCAGCUUCACAGAGUCCAGAGGGCUGCAGAACAAGAACAGAGGGGGGGCCAAUGGGAAAGGGAGGCGGGGCAGCCUUAAUGCCAGCGGGCGAAGGACACCCCCGAAUUGUGCUGCGGAGGACAUCAAAGCCAGCCCCUCCUCCACCAACAAAAGGAAAAACAAGCCUCCGAUGGAGCUAGACCUGAACUCCAGCUCCGAGGACAGUAAGCCCGGGAAGCGUGUCCGCACAAAUUCGAGAAGCACUCCCACCACCCCUCAAGGGAAACCAGAGACGACUUUUUUGGACCAGGGCUGCUCUUCUCCCGUGUUGAUUGACUGUCCGCACCCAAACUGCAACAAAAAGUACAAGCACAUCAACGGCCUCAGGUACCACCAGGCUCACGCCCACUUAGACCCAGAGAACAAGCUGGAGUUCGAACCGGACAGCGAGGGCAAGAUCUCGGACUGUGAGGAGGCCUUGAGCAACGUGGCGCUGGAAUGCAGCGAGCCAAGCACGAGUGUAUCGACUUACGAGCAGGUGAAGGCGCCAGUGUCCCCUGGCUCGGGGAACCCCCCCGGAACCCCCAAGGGGAAGAGAGAGCUGAUGAGCAAUGGCCCGGGCUCUGUUAUUGGAUCGAAGCCUGGGAAGAAUUCAGGCAAAAAGAAGGGCCUCAACAGUGACCUCAACAACCUUCCCGUCAUCUCCAACAUGACGGCCACCGUAGACAGCUGCUCGGCAGCAGACGGCAGUUUGGCUGCCGAAAUGCCCAAACUGGAAGCAGAAGGCUUAAUCGACAAGAGAAAUUUGGGAGAGAAAGAAAAGGGCAAAAAAGCCAACAGUUGCAAAAUGGACAAAAACCUCUCUAAGCUUAAAAGUGCCCGGCCCAUUGCCCCUGCUCCGGCCCCAACGCCGCCACAGCUAAUCGCAAUUCCCACUGCAGCCUUUACGGGCACCACCACGGGGACCAUACCCGGACUGCCCUCCCUCACAACCACGGCGGUCCAGGCCACACCAAAGAGUCCUCCGUUAAAGCCCAUUCAGCCAAAGCCCACGAUUAUGGGGGAGCCCGUCACCGUGAACCCAGCUCUCGUGUCGCUCAAAGACAAAAAGAAAAAGGAGAAGCGGAAGCUGAAGGACAAAGAAGGGAAAGAGACGGGGAGCCCGAAAACGGAUGCGAAGCUGGGCAAACUAGAGGACGCCAAGGGGGCUGGCAGAGAUGUAUCUGGGCAUUUUUUAAAGGACCACCUCAACAAGAAUGAAGGGCUGGCGAACGGACUGUCCGAGUCACAAGAGAGCCGGAUGGCCAGUAUCAAAGCCGAGGCUGAUAAGGUUUACACUUUCACCGACAACGCUCCCAGCCCUUCCAUCGGGAGUGCCUCGAGGAUGGAGUGCAGCGCUUUGGUGAACGGGCAGGCGCCCGUGGCCCCGCUGCACGUGCUGACCCAGAAUGGGGCCGAGAGCUCCGCAGCCAAGACGAGCAGCCCUGCCUACUCGGACAUCUCUGAUGCUGCCGAUGACGGCGGUUCUGACAGCAGGUCGGAGGGCGUGAGGUCCAAGGCCAGUUCCCCUUCAGAUAUCCUUUCCAGUAAGGACGGUGUUGUAAAAGGGCAUUCUUCAACGACAGCACAAUCAUCUCAGAUGAAAGAGUCCCACUCUCCCUAUUACCAUGGCUACGAUCCUUAUUAUUCUCCGAGUUACAUGCACCCUGGGCAGGUCGGUGCCCCUGUAGCUGGGAACAGCGGGGGUGCGCAGGGGAUGAAGAUCAAGAAGGAGUCUGAGGAAGAUGCAGAUAAGAAAGACAAGGCAGAGCAGCUCGAGGCCAAGAAAGUGGACCAUAAUUCUGCAUCCCUACAGCCUCAGCACCAAUCGGUGAUCACGCAGAGACACCCGGCCCUGGCUCAGUCACUGUAUUAUGGCCAAUAUGCCUACGGGCUCUAUAUGGACCAGAAAUCUCUGAUGGCCACCAGCCCUGCCUAUAGACAGCAGUAUGAGAAGUACUAUGAGGACCAGAGGCUGGCAGAGCAGAAAAUGGCCCAAACUGGGAGAGGAGACUGUGAAAGGAAAAAUGAGCUCCCCUUGAAAGAGCUGGGCAAAGAGGACAGUAAACAGAAAAACAUGCCAUCGGCCACAAUCUCAAAAGCUCCCUCUACUCCGGAGCCUAACAAAACCCAUUCUAAACUAGGGCCGUCAGUGCCUAAUAAAUCUGAGGAGACAGGUAAAUCACAGCUUCUCUCCAAUCACCAGCAGCAGCUUCAGGCCGACAGCUUCAAAGCUAAGCAGAUGGAAAACCACCAGCUUAUUAAGGAAGCUGUAGAAAUGAAAUCUGUCAUGGACUCUAUGAAGCAGACAGGUGUAGACCCAACCUCGAGAUUUAAACAAGAUCCAGAUUCAAGGACGUGGCAUCAUUAUGUAUACCAACCCAAAUACCUAGACCCGCAAAAGUCAGAAGAACUCGAUAGAGAGAAGAAACUAAAAGAGGAUAGUCCCAGGAAAACCCCCAACAAAGAGGGUGGUGUGCCCAGCCUUCCCGUAUCGUUAACGAGCAUCAAAGAGGAGCCCAAAGAGGCCAAGCGUCCUGAUUCUCAAUCCUUGGAUGAGAGCAAGCUGAAAAACGAUGAUCGCAAGACUCCCGUGAACUGGAAGGACUCUCGGGGAGCCAGAGUGGCCGUCUCCUCCCCCAUGAGUCAGCAUCAGUCCUACAUACAGUACUUGCAUGCUUACCCUUACCCGCAGAUGUAUGACCCCAGCCACCCUGCAUACCGGGCUGUUUCUCCCGUCCUAAUGCACAGUUACCCUGGGGCCUAUCUCUCGCCAGGAUUUCAUUACCCUGUUUACGGGAAGAUGUCAGGGAGAGAAGAGGCAGAGAAGGUCAAUACCAGCCCUAGCAUCACCACGAAAACAACCACUGAAUCGAAAGCACUGGAUUUGCUCCACCAGCACGCCAGCCAGUACCACAGCAAGUCUCCCGCUCCUGUGGAAAAGGCUUCAGCUGAGCGAGAGCGGGAAGCGGAGAGGGAGAGGGACCGCCACUCCCCCUUCGGCCAGCGGCACCUGCAUACACACCACCACACCCAUGUGGGCAUGGGGUACCCACUCAUCCCUGGGCAAUACGACCCUUUCCAAGGCUUGACCUCUGCUGCCCUCGUUGCCUCUCAGCAGGUGGCUGCCCAGGCAUCUGCAUCAGGAAUGUUUCCUGCACAAAGAAGGUAAAGAACCUCUAUGUUUUGAAUCAGUUUCCUAGGUAGAGACAUCUUAAUGGUGGGAGGAAGCAAGUGUAGGCUUUGUAGACCAAACACUUAGCUCCUAAGGGUUUGAUAUUGGAGUGAAUGUGCUUAUUUUACCACUAUGCUUCACAUGCAACUUCUAUUCCAUUCUUAUAGCUGUAAUGUACAUUAGUGAUUAACUGACCUGUGUCUUAAACGGUUGAAACUUUCUUAGGUUGUCUUCACUGCUUUGUUAAAAUAAUUCACCAUGACUCCCUUUGUUUUAUUAUGUUUAAAAAUGAAGUUGCAAAUGGAGGAAUGUAUUUCCAUAGUGCUAAAGGUAAUGUUUGUUCUUUGAUAUUUUCAAUUACCCCUCAAGUUGUGUUAAAAAGGAAAAUAAUUUAUUUUUCACGUUGUCUGUCAUUACCCUUGUGUUCAUUCACUUUCUAUGGAAUUGAGUUCCAUUGACUGAAUAGAAUUAAAAUGUCUGUUGGUCUUACAGUUUUCAUAUUUUCAGUGUCAAAUGUGGAUGGAACCCCUCUGCUAAGGUUUUCUUUUCUCUUGCAGAGAAUAACAAGAUUGGAAAUGUACGUUGUCAUGUGACUGGAUCACAUGGGGAAGCGCUUUAUACAGACAUCAGUUCCAUGGUGUUAAUUUGAAAUGCCUUAAUGGCAGGCAAAAACCAGUCAUUUCAUUUUUGUAAAUUACAGAUUUUAUCAGAGAGUAACAAAUGUUGCUGUAAUUAAACUUCUGUUUUAUAUAUAUAUAUAUAUAUAUACGUAUACAUAUAUGUAUAUACACACACACACACACACACACGCACACACACACACACACACACACACACACACACAUACACAUAUAUAUUCUAUACUUUUUGUAUCAGUAACCAGGCUCGCACACACAGGGUCUGCUGCCGGGUCGCAAACUGCUCAGUAAAGGAGAUAAAAGAUGUGCUUGUCAAAUUGAGAAGUGUUAGCCACGGAAGGCUGCUUACUUUCUUUUCCUUUUGCUUUUCAAUUGUAAAUAAAUAAUGUUAUGUAUCAGUGUGCCUGAACCUUGCGUAUCCUUCGUAUAUUUCCCGUAAGCCCCUCAGAAAGGCUAACUGUGAUGACGACACUUGGGUACAAUUUAGAUGUCUGUUUGGUGGCUCCUGUUAAGAUGCAUCAGUGUAAAAUGUUCCUGUAGUCGCUGUUUGUACUUGUGUAUUGUGGAAAAAAUACUUUUGGAAGGCAUGGGGUUGCCAGUACCACAAAAACUGUGUUGUAUAUAAUGUAAAGAUUAAAACGGGGAAAUAAUGAGCAUCUGUGAAUAAUGAGGUGUCAUUUUUGAUAAUCUUGAAUGGCAAAUAACCCAAUAGCCUGCAUACCAGAGACAUCUGUGAUUGUUCUAUUACUUGAAUAGUCCUGCAGUCCUUUUUUUUUUUUUUUUUUAAUGUUUACAAUUAUCCAGUUUUAGAA